AUGGACGACAUGACAGUAUGGGUCACAGUGCAAAGUACAGUGCAUGUACUGUAUUGUGUUGCACUGUAUACUCUUUAUAAUUCAUUUUGCCAUUGUACAGGUAUGUCUUUAGCACCUUCGCUUUAAAUCUACUAGAGGUAAAACAUCUCAUAUAGACCCAUUGCACUGACGUCACAAAUUCUUGGAGUGUCCUAACAAUAUCUGCUUCGGUACAACAACCACAAACAGCGCAAAAAUUAACCAUUUCAAUACAAAAUUAUUAUAAAGUUCUACAAAAUUUCCUUUGUUUACAAAACCUAUAUUAUAUGCAUAGAUUGCUACUUUGUCCUCCAGAUGCAUCGUCACGCUGUGACGUCAUGUGCAAUGAGUCUAUAGAAGUUGAAAGUGAUUUUGUCUCAUGAAGAUUAACAAUACUAUGGCACAACUGAGUAAGUACCUCUAUAGGUUAAGAUAUCACUUUAUGGUGUAAAGUAAUGCUAAUGGCACAUGUAUUUCUGUUCUACUAAAGAAAUGCAAUUGGCAGUAGUCCAGCAAUGGAAUAUGCUGGUUUUUGCCGAAGCAUUGAGUAUCUGUUUGGUUUGAGUCUUGUGGUGAAGACAUUUGUGCCUGAUAGACACUCAACAAUAGCAAAGCAUAAGAGGGAAAAGUUGUCAAACAUAACUCAUUACUUUGACAUCUGGCAUCUUAAGAAAUGUAUGAUGUUCAUAAAUAGUUACUGAAAUAUAUAAGAUAUGGUAUAAGUUCUCCUGAUCCUGUUUGAUUUUAUACAAUUUUUCCUGACAAAUACUGUACAAUCAUCAGCCUACCAUAAGAAUGAGAACCAGUAACAUAUCAAAGUAACCAUUACUGUAAAAAAACACUAAAAAUCGUUUUUGUCUUUUCCAUACAGAGGUUACAAAGGUAUUGACAAAACUUGCUAAAGUGAGUGGAUGCGAAGCAGUAACAGAAUGGAUAAAGCCUUGUACAAACCACUUAUACUGGAGUGCAAGAACCACACAUGAUGGAAAUAGUGAAGUUAUUUGGGCUAUGUUCUCAUCAUUCUGA